CAUUAACGAAGUCCAAUUCUGGCAAUAUCCAGUUGUGCAAACCUACAGCUUUAAAUAGACAGGACGAAUAUGAGUGGUGAAGCAUAGCUAAUUUCCACUUUCACCGAGCGUUGUCGAUAAGUUUAUUGAUCUUUGUGCUAUCGGCCGAACCAGUGGACCGUGUUUUAUAAAGGCGUUCAGGCGGAUAUCAGAGCUGUAGCGGCGGUGUUCACGUGUCGUCAGUCUUGCGGAUUUGCUUGCCGAGUCAGUAACACAGAAAAACAGUCAAGAUGUCCGGUAUCCUGCUUACCAAUGCCCAGGCGAACGAAUUCUUUGAUCAAUGCGACGCGUCGGGAGAUGGGAACAUCAGCAUUCAGGAGCUCGUGAAGGUCUUAACAGAUUAUGGACUUCCACAGGCCUCGGUCAUUGAAAUGUUCCGCGAUAUUGACAAGGACGGCAACAAACAGAUCAGCAGAGAAGAGUUCGUCGGGGAAGUGUGCAAAAAAUCGAGAAAGGACGCAGUCGAAGAGAUGUUCAGUGAAAUUGACAAAGACGGAUCGGGCAAGAUCUCUCUGUCAGAGAUGAAGGCCUACAUUGAAAACAAAAAGAUUGACGCCAACCGACUGGAGGAACUCUUUAAUCAAGUGGACACCGACGGUUCAGGAUCUGUGGACAAAAAUGAAUUCACGCAAAUGAUAGUGAACGAUUUUUAGAGACGCUCCAAUCACGUGGUCGGAUGUUCACGCAUGCCUGAUGUCAGACUUUCAGACUAUCGAAUGAUAUCUCUAAUCUCAUUGGUGUAUCCCAAAAAGCUUCUGAGUGGUUGCUUUAUUUAGCCUUAAAAAAUUCUGACCAAUCAUAUCUUUCCAUAAUUAAAGGCUGACCAAUAAGAUUCUGUCUAUUCGAAAACAAUAUCAUUCCUUUUCGACAGCACGUUAGUGAACAAUUUUCUGAUUGGGCUGUACGAGACUUGACCGAGCACUUUAUUAACGCACAUAACGCAUAUCUUUAUUAUUGUUUUUCCCCGCAAAUGACAACACUUAUUAACAAAUUUUCUAGCAUUUUCCAUAUAUUCCAAGUAUGUAGCGAUUGGUGUUCUUUUUACUGAAAUAAAUAUACAAACCUUUAAUGAUUGUGAUGGCACAAAUAGAAAACAUUAACACAAUAAAAAAGGUACUGUAUAUUUAGUCGCUUAUAUUUAUUAUUUUGUAUAACGUCAAUAAAGCGUGCACAUAA